AUGGCUGGGUCUCAGUUGAAGAAUUUGAAGGCGGCUUUAAAGGCUCAUGGUUUGACAGGCCAAAGCAAUAUCAAAAAGAAUAAGAAAAAUUCAAAGAGACAAGCUAAAGAGUAUGAUCGUGAAGAAAAGGCUAAAAUCUUGGCCAAGAUUAGAGAGGAUUUCAAUCCCUUUGAAGUUAAGGCAUCCAAAAACAAGAAGAACAAUAUGGUUAAGAAUGAGAAAGAUAAAAUGGUUGCAGUAGGGAAACCAGGUAUCUCUAAACAGAUUGGUGAAGAGCAGAGAAAGGUUGCUUUGGAGAUGAAGAAUUCGACAAAGAACAGAACUGGUGCCUUUAUGGAUAAACGUUUUGGUGAAAAGAACAAGCACAUGACUGAAGAAGAAAAAAUGUUGGAACGUUUCACUAAGGAAAGACAGGCACAAUCAAAGAAGAAGCAAAACCUUUUCAAUCUAGAUGAAGAUGAAGAUGAAGGUUUUGGUAAUGAUAUGUUUGGUAAUAGUUUGACACAUAUGGGUAAAUCUUUAGGAUUUGACAGCGGUGAUUUAGGUGUUGGUUCAGAUAAUGACGGUGAUGGUUUGAAGCGUUCCCUUGAUGGAGGUGCCCUGGGUGAUGAUUUGGGCCCAGCAAGAAAGAAGACUAAAGCAGAGGUAAUGAAAGAAGUUAUUGCUAAAUCCAAGUUCUAUAAGCAUGAAAGACAGAAGGCCCAUGAAAAAAUGGAGGUUCAAAUUGAUGAUCUGGAUGAUAACUUUGACGAUAUUAUGUCGGAAUUAAGAGGUGUUCAAGUUGAAAAGAAGGACAAUAAUGAAGAGAAGCCUACUGUCGAUAAAGACUAUGAUGUUAAAGUGAAGGAAUUGCUCAUGGAAAAAAGAGCUGUCCCAACUGAUAGAACAAAGACUGAAGAAGAAAUUCUAACUGAACAAGAAAUUCAAAAGAAGAAACUAGAACAACAAAGAUUAGAUAGAAUGAAUGGUAUAGUCGAAAAUGAGGAAGGUGAAGAAAGAGGUGUUGAAGAUUUAGAUAACGACUUCUGGGGAAGUGAGGAAGAAGAUGAAAUGGGUGAAGAUAAUGAAUCCAUCGCCGACUCAGAUGAUGAUAUCAAGUUUGAAAAUGAUAGCGAUGAAGAAGGUCAUAAAUCGGUUUCGACAACGUGUCCAUCAUCUCAUAAACAACUAUUGUUACAUUUCGAUAAAUUCAAGUUAGAAGAACAGCCAAAACUUAUUAGGAAAAUUGUCAAAGCAACUCAACCGAAACUAGCAGAAGGUAAUAAGGAAAGAUUAGGUAGAUUCACAGGAAUAUUAUUGAGACACAUCUUAUUUUUAGCUGAUCAAAACUAUUCUAAAGAUAUUGCGACAUUCAAGGAAGUACAAAAUUCAUUAAUUUCGGUUUUGAAAACAUUAUCUGAAAAAUACAACAGAGAUCUAUCUGAGACUUGUCGUGAGAUAACCACAGAGAUACAUGAAAGAUUUAAAUCUAGAAGUAUGACAAAGAUCAAAAUUUCUGAUUUAAUAUUCUUUAGCAUAAUUGGUAUGAUUUAUUCAACAUCUGAUCAAUACCAUCUUGUUGUGACACCUUGUUCUGUUGUAAUGGCAGAAAUGUUAGAACAACUUAAGUUCAAUUCAAUUGAUAGAUUACUAUUUGGUGCCACUUUAUCAAAAAUCAUUUUGAAAUACCAACGUCUUUCUAAGAGAUUGGUUCCAGAGUUAUUAUAUUUUGUUGAGAAGGCAUUGACUUCAUUGCUUCCAGAACAUGAAAACAUACAAAUUAGAGUUGACUCAAAUGAAUUAGCUUUACCUAAUGAUACUAAAUUAGAUGGAUUCAUUUCUGAAUCUAUACAACUUCAUAGAAUAUUUGAAGAAAAUAGAAGUGAAGAGUCAAAUGCUGAAUUGCAGAAGACUUUGUUACUAAAUCUAUUGGGCACAAUUAAUAUGGCUAUUACUGAUAUUUGGAAGAAUUUUUCAGCAUAUCAAGAGUUAAUGUUAAGUUUGACCCCAAUUUUGGAGUGUUACGUUGAACAAUUCCCAGAACUAACGUUAUCAUCUCAAAUCUUGGACAAAAUAAAGAAAUUAUCCAAAUUCAAUGAACAUCUUCCAUUGACUCUACAAGACCACAAACCAGCAUCGAUCCCAUCACAUGCUCCUAAAUUCGAAGAAAGUUUCAACCCAGACAAGAAGUCUUACGAUCCAGAUAGAACAAGAAGUGAAAUCAACAAGAUGAAGGCACAAGUGAAGAAAGAACGUAAGUUCAUGUUGAAAGAAAUGCGUAAAGAUACCAGAUUCGAAGCAAGACAAAGAAUCAACCAACAAAAGAAGAGCUCAGAAGAAUACCACGCCAAGAUGGCUCGUAUUAUCAAUACCAUCAGUACUGAAGAAGGUGCUGAAAAGAACAAAUACGAAAGAGAGAAGAAACUUCGUAAUUCCAAGAAAUAA